AGCCGAAACAGAAAACUGUCUGCACAGAUAGGGAAAGGCAGCACAACCUCAGAGGAAGAAGCUCGAAAAAAAACGCCAAGGACGCUCAGAGAAAUGCUGUGCCCCCGUGCAUUCCAGCCUUCCUACAGCCCACUGAUGGACUUCCACUGGCCCGUACGCAGCCUCUGGCCAGAGACACAGCCUCUCUUCUACCAGAUGGAGCAAGAGAUGAUGAGACACAUGCAGGAGAUGAAGCAGAGCUUGGAGUUCAUGGAGCAGCUCCACAGGAAGAUUUUCGAAGAGAUCGAUCCGCUUCCAUCUGCCCAGUCUCUGGCCGUCCAGCCCAUCUCCUUCACCUCGGAGAACGAGGGAGACCGUUUCGCCCUCACACUGGACACUAAGGACUUCUCACCAGAGGACCUGACAGUCAAGCAGGUGGGAAGGAAGCUGCGGGUGUGUGGGAAGACGGAGAAGAAGCAGGAUGAUGGAAAGGGCUCCUACUCUUAUAAAAGACAAGAGUUCAGACAGGAGUUUGAUCUGCCUGAAGGUGUGAACCCCAGCUCGGUGACGUGCUCCCUGUCGGACGGGCAGCUUCGGAUACAGGCGCCAACGGAGGCGCUGGCUGGUCACUCUGAGAGAGUGGUGCCCAUUGACUGCGUACCCUCUGUGAAGGCCCCACAGCCCCUCAGCUCAGAGAGUGACAACAAUGUCACCACAGUGGAUUCCUCCAAGGACUGAUCUGACAGGAAAAAGUACCACAGGGAUUAAUAUGGGCCCAAUAUCUACAAUUCAAAAAAUAUUCCUUUACUCUUUCAUUUUCCUUUAACAAAUGACUUCAUGAGCUGUAUUACUGUCGUUUAUAAAGAUUAAUGUUUUUUACCCAAACAAUUCAAGAGAGAGCAAUUCUUGGAGUAUUUGCCAUGGAGAGAAAAUAUAGAGGUUUGGCACCUUGUUUGUUGCAGUGACUUCUAUGAAUAAAUUACUUGCUUCAAUGUGAA